CCUUAAAGAGGGUUUUAAACAGAAAACCGGCGGCGCGUGCCCUUGAAGCUCCCGCCUCAGCUCUUAUGACUCCGCAGCUCCCACUAACGGCUCAUCUGUAAAACUGAGUCGUGUGGUGCUCCGGAUAAUGAUGGAAGGGGAAAGGCGGGAAUCUGAGGAAGUGGGAGCUGGAACACCUACCAAGAUGAAAAUGGGCUUAGGCCAAUUAGAUGUCUCCAAAGAAGUCAACCAUACCCAAUCUGAAAGUUUAAAAGUGUAUAUGGACAAUCAUAUUACUCUUAGUAGAGUUUCAAGAAUGGAUAAUGGACUUAUGAAUGAAUUGAGUUCUGAAAACCUUAACAUGAAUGACUUAAUUCAUAGUUCAAUUGAAGAUGGAUUCCAUUCCAGUCAAGACACCUGCUUAAACUCUAUGGGGGAACAUACAGCUGAUCCCUUGAAAUAUACUCUUAAUACAGAAAAUGAAAAUGCAGUGCUUGAAGUAAAAAUGCAGCCAUGUACACAAUAUUAUGAUGAUGAAGGUCUUGGGAAAUAUCAGAGAUUACCAGAAGAUACUUCUUUGGAAGAAGAAACAUGCCCAUAUUUGCCACAAUUACAACUCCUUUCAUGCAAUAGCCAUGCUCCAUCUUCUUUAAUGACACAGCAUAGAAAAUCUGUGCUGUCUUUUGACACCACCACUCCUAAUGGAACAGUCAAUACAAAUAUAGAAAUUAUACCAGUAUUAAAACCAUUAUUAACUGAGGAUGCAAAUAACUGUGUUUCCUGUGAUGAAAUCAAAGGAAUUAUUAAUACUGCUACAAUGUCACAGCAGUUAUUAGGUUAUGCUGGUGAAUCUUGCAAUGGUAUCAGUACUUCAUCUCUGGAUAUUGCUCUUGCUCCUGAUGAACUUGCUGAAGUGAGAGAUGCAGUUGUUAGCAUUACAGCCAAUAACUCAGAAGAAGAAGCUUUUCAUAAUUCAAACAAUGGCGCAACUAACCACAAAUUAGCUGUUUCACAGAAUGCAGUGGAAGGACCCACGUGUUCACACAGAAAUUGUUCCAAUCCUCAAGUGAUAAUCUGCCAGUUGAAGAGUGGUACUCAUAUACUCUGUAUAAGCAAUGCUGACACAAGAGAACUGAAAGCAAUUCAUUUGCUUGCCCCAAAGCAAGAAUCAGAACAGUAUCUUCAGCCAGAUGCAGCUAACUCCAUAACAUCAGCACGGGGACAGUUCUUGCCAGUUGUGAGUAAACUGAAUGUCUGCACACAAGAGCAACUUGAUAAUGGAUCCAUUCACACAUAUUCAGACUCAAAUCUUCAAGAACCAAUGAAACUGACUUUAGUUGGGUUACCUUGUGGUUCCUGGGAUACAAAAUCAAAAAAGCCUUGCAAUUGCACAAAAUCACAGUGUCUUAAAUUAUAUUGUGAUUGUUUUGCCAAUGGUGAUUUCUGCAAUAAUUGUAACUGCAAUAAUUGUUACAAUAAUCCACAACAUGACAUAGAACGGUUUAAGGCAAUUAAGGCUUGUCUUGACAGAAAUCCAGAAGCUUUCCUGCCAAAGAUUGGGAAAGGAAAACUGGGAGAUAUCAAACCCAGACACAACAAAGGAUGUAACUGUAAGCGUUCAGGGUGCCUGAAGAAUUACUGUGAAUGCUUUGAGGCUAAAAUUAUGUGUUCAUCUAUCUGCAAAUGUGUUGGUUGCAAAAAUUAUGAAGGCAGCCCAGAUCGAAAAAUACUAAUCAAUAUGCCAAACCAUAUGGAAAUUAAAAGUGACUCUGUGUCGUUUUCUGACCUGGAAAUAUUGGCAAACUCCAGAAAAGACAGGCACUUUAGUACGUGUAUAUCAUGGGAAGUUGUUGAGGCAACAUGUGCUUGUCUCCUUGCACAAGCUGAAGAGGCAGAAAAAGAAGCUUUCUCUGUUUGCCUAGCAGAAGAAAUGAUCUUAGAAGAAUUUGGAAGAUGCUUAGCACAGAUUUUGCAUUCUGAAUUUAAAUCCAAAGGACUGAAAGUUGAAUAA